UCCGACUGUCUGUGAACAUCGACUGCCAUCUCCAAGCUGCAAAAUGAGAGCUAUCGUACUGCUGUGCUUGUUGGGGGCCGCUCUGGCCAAUGAAUACAGCUGGAAUAGCCCUGGAGAGACAAAGGACCCCAAAACAGAGAACUUGUGUCUGGCGGACCAGGCCUCCUGCGGCUGCUGCCUGAUGCAGAAGCAGAUGUGGAGGAUGGAGCAGUUUUUCAACAUGAGUCUGAACGAGCUGCAGAAGGGCCUGGAGAAGGCAAAGGCCGUGGUCAACAAUGUCCGCGCUAGCCGCAGUGCCUUCUCCGUGGCCCUGACCAACACACGCCGUUGCGAGGGCCCCUUCCGUGAAGCUAAGACCAUUGUCUACCAGUACAUCUUCGUCAACCUAGGCGAGGGCUACAACAACCGCACCGGCAUCUUCACUGUGCCCCGCUCCGGUGUCUACAGCCUGGCCCUCACCGUGUACAGCGACUCGGGUGCCCCCGGCGCCAACCUGGCCGCGUGCGCCAACCUGAUGGUGAACGGGCGCCAGGUGGCGGGCUGCAGCGAGCAGAACCAGCAGGACCAAGAGGACAGCACCACCACGGUGAUGGCCAUCCAGCUGCAGGCCGGGGACAAGUUGUCCGUCACCCUGCCCAUCGGAUGCUUCCUGUGCGAUGAACAGAGCCACUACAACACCUUUUCCGGCUUCCUGCUCUACGCCACCGACUAAGUCUAAGCUGAGGCUGAGGCUACCGCACCCCACCACCUUCGUCCUGUCUUUAACUCCUUUGCCCAGUCCUGCUUCUGGAAGGGAACUUGGAGCUGGUCUUGAGGCUCUGUGAUGAGUGUUUGAUCAGAGGCCAGCUCCUCCAGUGAAUGUCAAUCAGAACCCCAUUCAUCUUUCUAGGACAGCCUUGACAGUGAUGGGAAAAAAGCUGUUUGCUUGUGUUAGAUUUUUUUUGAAAAUAAACCAUGAUUAUA